AUGACUCUUUUUUCUGAGUUUUUGAUUAUUGGAUAUUUGACAUAAGAAUAUAAAGAGACUGAAAUCAUAGAAUACUUUAAUAUUAAUGGAUCAUCUCUUCCAGAUUAUCUUAGAAAUGUGAGCAUAGUAAAUUUUGGUUUGAAUGGCAUAAUAGAUGUGCUUUACGAGUGUAUUUGAUGUUAAGUUGGAAUAAUAAAAGAAAUUAGAUGACAUUAAUAGUAAGAAUUAUUUGCAUUAAUUUGUAAUAACAGAUUUAAGUGGAUAAUUAAGAAACUGCACUUCACUUGUAGUAUUUGAGAGUUUAAAAAACGACUUUUAUUAACCUUAUGCUUAUGUGAUAGUUUCUGAACAAUCUAAUUUGAUUAGAUAGAAAUCAUAUAUGAGAGCAUUAUGCCAUUUUUGA